CAACAAGCUGCAGCACCUCGCACUUAGAUCAGUGACUAUCUCAGAUGACUCUCUGCACGCCAUGCUGGCUGGCUGCCCCGCUCUGGACAAAUUUGUACUCAGAUACGUCCAUGAUGGGUCUUCACUGGGACGGCAGGUGCCACCUUCUGCCCUGCACUUCUUGUCCAACAUCCGCAUUGCCGAAUUUGGCGGUUGCCAUUUUCCAGAAGCCAUUGUCCACCAGGUCCACUUCCCUAACCUCUAGAGGCUCGUACUUCAAACUGUUACCAUCUCAGAGGGCUCCUUACACGCCAUGCUCUCCGGCUGCCCUGCUUUGAACAGCUUGACGCUGGGUUAUAGCUCUGGCUUCCGCCAAUUCAAAAUCAACGCCCUCAAGCUUAAGUAUGUCAACAUGUAUUUCCAUGGCUCAGAUGCAGAUAGGCUACAGGAACUCAUUGUUGAGAAUGCCCCUUGUCUAGAAACACUUCACCACGAGGGUCCGUACAAAGACAACAUGCACAUCUCAAUAAUUUCAGCACCAAAAUUGAAGAUUCUUGGCCGCCUCACUGAUAACAUUUCCAGGCUUGAGCUUGGCUUUACUGUUUUUAAGGGAUUGCCUGAUGUUAGAAUGGCUACAGUGAUGCGCACUCUGAAGGUUUUAGCUCUCAGGCUUGAUAAACUUAGACUGGAUGUGGUUAUUAACUUCAUGAAAUGCUUUCCCUGCGUGGAGAAAUUGUACAUCAAGACACCUACAGCCGGGGAAAACACACAGCGUCAUUGUUCCCCGGGCCGUAUUGAAUGCUUUGAUCACCACCUUAAGAAAUUACAGAUCAGUUACUAUUCGGGCAAAAGACCACAUGCUGAGUUUGCUAAGUUCUUUCUACUACUGAAUGCGGGUGUGCUAGAGUCCUUGGUGCUUGAUGCUUCUCGUAAUAACAAAUUUGGUUGGUGGAUUGAAAAUCAGCGGAGGCAGCUCUGCCCAGAGAAGAAAGCAUCAGUUGGUGCUCAAAUUGAUUUCACUUUUGGUGAUUGUUCCAGUUAUCUUCGUGAUGGUUAGGAGUUUCAGAUCCAUGUUAGUAUAGACGUUGAAACUUUGCUAUUCUUCUUUUAGGAGCUAAUGUUCUAUCCCAUCCAUGCUGUGUUGCGUGCAUACUGUGCUAGUUCUCUUGUAAUAUAUAUGAAAUCCUGAUGCUAUCAUUUCAACCA